AUGGAGGUCUAAUAAACUUUGACAGUUUGUGUUACUGGUGCUGCAGGAUAGAUUGCGUACAGUUUCAUCCCUUUGCUUUUGUCUGGUUAAGUUUUUGGAUAGGUUAAAAUCAAUUUGAGAUUAUUGGAUAUUCCAAAGAUGGAAACAGCAUUGAAAGGAGUAGUCAUGGAAAUUGAAGACUGUGCAUAUCCUUUAAUCGGAGAUAUAUAAACUGGUUCAAAUCCUAAAGAGUUAUUCAAAAAUUGUGAUUUGAUUGUGUUUUUGGGAGGAUUUCCCCGUUUACCAGGAAUGGAGAGAAAGGAUUUACUACAAAAAAAUGCCAAUAUUUUCAAAGAAUAAGGAGAAGCUCUUUAGGAAGUAGGAAAGGAUGACGUAAAAUGUGUAGUUGUUGCCAAUCCUGCAAAUACAAAUUGUUUAAUUUUAAGUAGAUACGCAACUAAAAUUCCUCGUUAAAAUUUCACAUGUUUGACUCGUUUGGAUUAGAAUAGAGCAUACGCUUAAGUUGCUUUAGCCUUAAAUAAACCAUUAAAUAGUCUUAAGAAUAUCAUUAUUUGGGGUAAUCAUUCUACUACUCAAUAUCCUUCAAUUGAACAUGCUACAGCUGAUGGAUAAUCUUUUGUUUUACCAGAUUAGGGACAAUUUAUCGAGCGAAUCUAGAAGAGAGGGGCUGAGGUUUUGAAUGCUCGAGGAAAUAGUAGUGUUUUCUCUGCUGCAAAUGCUGUUAAAGAUCAUAUUAAAGAUUGGUUUAAUGGCAGAGAGGAUACUCUAUUAUCACUUGGAGUCCUUUCAAAUGGUGAAUAUGGAGUGUAGAGUGGUUUGUGUUUUUCAUAUCCAAUCAGAUGCCUUGGAGCUUUUAAAUAUGAGAUUGUUGGAAAUUUAGAGUUGAGUGACUUUUCAAAAUAAAAACUCAAGGUGACUGAGGAAGAACUGAUACAAGAAUAGGGUUUGGCAGAAUCAAUUUGAAAAAAAGGAUAUUCUUAAUGAAAAUGAAAUAUUAAAAUAUAAGAUUUACAAAUAAAAUCAUAUGAAUAUAUA